AUGGCCUUCUCACUCCGCACCAGCAUGCCGAGCCUCGUGCUCGUCCCCGUCUGCCUUCUCGCCCUGUUCUCGACUACCACGCAGGCAGCACAGGACGCCACUCCAGCCCUUACCAUCUACGAGGACAACACCGACACGUUCAACUACUUGGGUUGCUACACCGAGACGGCCGGCCUUGCCAACACGACUGGCGAGCGCACCCUCAACGACGGCAUCAAUAACGUCACGGACAACACCGAGAGCAACAUGACCGUCCCCUGGUGCAUUGACUUCUGCACCAAGUCGACGAACCAAUACCAAUACGUCGGUUUGGAGUACUCCCGCCAGUGCUGGUGCUCCCGGACCCGGAACCCCCUGAGCACCGCACAGCCAAAAGCCGUCUGCAACACCGCGUGCGACGGCAACAAAACCACGGCCUGUGGCGGCUCGGGGGUGCUGUCCGUGUACAACAUGACGGCGGAGGGCAAGAAGCGUCUCGGAAAGGGCGGUCACGGCGGUAGUGCCGGCGCCACGCUGCAGCCUGGCGGCUUUGGUGGCAUCGUUGGCUUGGGAUUCGUCGUGUCGGGUCUGGGACUGGGGUUUGGACUGCUCUGA